UUUAUAACACAUGUUUUCAUUGGAUAACACUGUAAACAUUAGCAUAGUGAUGACCAAUUAUAGAAAGCAUUUCAGCAUAAAUUCGGUGAAUCUCCGGAAUGUUUCAAAAUGGCGCUUGCUGGACAACCUAACUUGACUGAUGCAGAAGAAAUCCAAAAUAGAUAUUCUGAUUUACUCUCUCAAAUACCCAAGCUACUGACCCAAAUUGGAGAGCAUGUUCUUUCUCCCACCAAUCCAAGUGAAAAUGUCAGUUCCAGUUCUAAGUGUUAUGUUUCCUGUAUAAAGAUUAAUGGUGUACCAAUCUUACCUCCAAUUCUUACUGAAGCUGAAAGAGAAGAAAUGAGACGAUACAGAGAUGAAGCUGUCAGACGGAUGCAGCAACGUAACCAAAGAAAAAGAACAUUGACAGAUACUUCUGCUUCUAUUAACUCUUCUACUGUUGCUGAGAACAUUUCAAAUCCUCUUCUGGAACAUGACAGAACUGCACUAUUUCAUGACAAUAUUACAAUACCUGGGUGUGUACCUGAAGACAAAUCUUCAGACAAUCUUCAACAGUCUUCAUUUCCAGAAGAACUUGUUCCCCAACUUUCACAUGAACUAAUCCCUCCAAAAGAUGAAAUCUCUUUUCAAGAGAAUAGAGGACAGACAAAUUUAAAUUCACCUACAGAGAACAGAGCAGAGACAAUUUUAAAUUCACCUACAGAGAACAGAGCAGAGACAAUUUUAAAUUCACCUACAGAGAACAGAGAAGAAACAAAUUUAAAUUCACCUACAGAGAACAGAGAAGAGGCAAAUUCAAGUUCACCUUCAUCCAAAUUAAGAUAUUGUGACAAUUUACUGAUUACCAGCUCUCUGUCUGACUUGGGCUCCUUAGAAGAAGGUUCAUUACCCACCGAAAUGAAUGGUAUACCUCUAACUUCCCGAUAUGAGCAACAAAUUACUAAGGAUCUUUCAACUCUUAUUAAACAUUUACCUGACAAUUGUAGUUCUGACAAUUCUGACUUUAGUGAUUUUAUUUCUGUUUCCAACUUUGAUUUAAUCUGUGAAUCUUCUGAGCUUGAUAAGGAAAAUCCUCCUGUCACUAAAUCAUCUUCAGAUGAACCAGUAAUUUGUUCGUUUCUUUCCAAUAUGAAACCAAGUACAAGUGAUUCCUCUCUCCAUUUACCAAAUGAUGCAUCCCAAAAUGUUCUGAGGGCUCCUAUAUUUCUCACGGAUGAAAAUGGUUUGGAAUUGCAUGCAUUGCCAGCUGAAAAUCAAAGUUCAAUGCAAACUAGUAUUAAUAAAGAGCAAGGAUGGAUCAUGACCUCUCCUUUAAUUGCUUAUGUCACCAAGAAACGACCUGAAACAGUAGGCAUGUCUUCCAAUUCAUCUCAAAAGCCCAUUAAAAUCCAACAGGCAGCAAACGCCACCUUUACAAUUGACCCCGAAGACGACGGAGAAGAAGGUCAACUUGUCCGGCCUGUAAUAUCUAGCCAUCAAGAUUCUUUGGGUGCUGAUGUUUGUCAAACAGACUAUAGUAAUAACUCCGUUUCUCCUAAAGCUAAACUAAACCAGUCAUGUAAUAAUAAUAAUGUUAAUAACAACAACUCUGUCCAGGUUCAUUCUUCAAAUCAAGAGCAAAUCUUUACAAAUCAUCAGAAUACAAAUCCUGCUGUUUUGCCAGCAAAUUUGAACAUUUCUUGUAAUUCAAGUAAAAGAGACAAGACUUUCAUCGCUGCUAGUUCAAAUGAAUCUAAGUCAGAGGACGAUGAACCCAAAAUGCUGUUGUCAUUUUUGUCUUCACCACAUAAUUUAUCUCUCGAAGACCAUUUCAGCGAUGAUUCUUUGGAUGAACUUUUAUUUGGGAUUGACAAAAUUGGAUUUGUUCCACGGAAGGAUGGUGAUGGCAGUGACUUGAAGGAUUUAAGCAAUCCAGUCAAAACAGGUGCUAUAAAUAAAAAAUGCAAUUCUAAGCAGCCAGCUAAGGCACAAACCAUUCUCCCCACCAAAUCAAUUCCAACUAACUUCACUACGGUAACAACUCAUUCUUCUCACAACUUGCCAGUUUCCACUGCUACUACAGCCAUGGCUGAUGUCCCUAAUCCAUCAGAGGUAUGCAGUCUUGCAGAGAUCUCUUAUUUAGAUUCCACAGCUAAUUAUUUAAAUCCAGCAGAAAAGGAAAUGACCAAAACUAGUCCAAGCCUAAUUCCAAAAUAUUGUAAUAAUUCAAUAAUUCGCCAGGGCUCAUAUACCCUGGGAGAGCCAUCAGUUGAUUUAAGAAAAUACCUUAACAGUUCAAUCCACAAUUCCCAUGAAGAUAAGGAUGCCGACAAUAACAGCAGUUUAGAUUCUGACAAAAUCCCUUCUUAUGACGUUUUUCAAUCUCAACUGCUGAAAAAAAAUUCUGAAAAUGUCAGCCCAUCACUUAUCAGUUUUGAAAUAGACAGCUUUAAAUCAGAACAGCAAUCUGCAAGCGUAAAUGAGGUUGAAAUCACAAGUAAUUCCAGCAAAAAUUCUACCCCUGUUACAAAAGAGAAAAUACCCAGAAACUCAAUUUUGGAAAAUAUUCCAUUAUCAGCAGCUUCAUGCCAAAGUGAUUACAGCCCAUUAAAUACUUCAAGAAAAAAAUCUCCAAUCAAGAAAAAAGAAGAUAAAUGCAACAUGAAUACUUCUACAUUAUAUCAUACACAAAAUGGUUUGGAAACUUCAGCUUUCAACGCUUCUAACUCGCCAGGCCAGUCUGCUGUUCUUGCAAGCAGUGAGCUGUUUGAAGAUGAGUUGAGGUCAUUUUUCAGUCAUAAAAGACAAUCAUUUAUGAAAAUGCAGCAACAGUUUAGAGAAUAUGAAGAACAAUUUGAAGAGGAGUACCAGAGAACUCUUGACAGCAUGAAGAAAUCUCAACGUUGGCCAAAAGAACUCGCACCUGAAACGAGUAUUUUCAUUUCUAAAACAGACAUGCCUGCCAAUCAAACUGGGGAGCAAGCAUUGUUGAAUCACCAACGCACUCCGGAAUCUUCCACUUCACAACGAAAAUCAUAUAAACUUGUUAAGACUGACCAAGAUCCUGCCAGUGUAAUCUGUGCUGCUAUAAAGGGCUUUCUCACAAGAAAGCUUUUGUCCUGUCCUAAAGUGGAAGCUUUGAGGAAAACUAUAGAUGAAUGUUUAAAGCUACUCAGUGAAACCCACGGCUCUUCCAAUUUGAACUUGAUAACAAGAUUAAAUAACCAACUGGAUGCUGCACGUCUAGAUAUAUAUGACAUUUUCUUUGAGAUGACUACUCAAGAGAGAAUGAACAUCAUUCACCAAUCUCGGAUACUUGCAGCGAGGAAACUUCAGGCCAGGCCACAACAAAUAUCUUCAGCAACUCGGAAGUAUCUGAUGCGGAAAAACCAAAUAAACCAGAGUCAAAGUGUCUCAUCAUCUUUAUCUGACAAACCAAAUACCAGGAACAAUUCCAAGCUUUAUCCAAUACCUUCUCUAGUUCAACCAACAAGAUCAACAACUCGAAAAAUAUCAAGCCAGCCGAUUCCAAAAAAUAGAAUUGUGUCUGUUGCUGGGAAAAUGGCUGCCACACGAUUUGUUUCAACGAAAGUGAAAGAUGUGCCUUCAGUGAAAAUUGCCUCAAGCAAGCCAUGGCAUUGAUUAGAUAAUUUUCAUGUGUAUCAUCUAAGUCAUAUUUCAAAUUUUAUCUGUGAUAACAAGAAAACUAAUGAAUCUUAUUUAUAUUUGUUGGACACAUUAAAUGCCAUGCUAUAGUAUUCACUGAUAGCAGUAACAGGUGUUGUGUCGGGGAGAACAUGUACAUUUUGUUGUUUGUUAAAAUGAUUUCUUCUUGCCAAGUUUUAUUUGGUAAAUGACUCUUCUAGUAUAUGAAUAUUAUAUUUUCAUAGUAUUAGAACAGUUUAUGAGACAGAUUAUAUCUUCACUAUAAAUCUUUGUUAAUCAGAUGUUAUCCCAUUUUGCUAUUAAACCUUUUUAGAAUAAUCAUGUUGUCAACAAUUCCGAGCCAUUAACUUUAAAUUCUAAAUACUCUGACCUAAAAUAUCUGACACAUGGAUACCAAAACUGGGAAAUCUAUUUGAAGAGGAUUGUAUUUAUUGUAAAUAAUUCACAAAAUUUUUGUAUAUUUUUCAUUUGGUCAUUUUCAUAUACCUACAUAUAUAAACUAGGAAAUAAACCAAAUUUAUAUUCUUUCUGUUACUUAUUGCAUUUCUACAUUUGUUUCAUUGCAUUUUAUCCCUUGUGUAGCAAAUAUUUCAUUGAUGUAGAUGACAGGUACACUACCUGCAAGCUGCUAAUCUCUACACAUUAAAAUAACAAACCUUUAUUUUUAUAUAUAUUGAGUGUUUAUCAUAUUUCCCUUUUAAAAAGUUUAUAACAAUAAAAAAAGCAAUGAAGAUUGUUUAGUAUCUCCAAGCUUCUGAUACAUUGUUUUAUAUUUACAAUUUGUAAACUUUACAUCUAAUAAACCCUCUCAACAUA